AUGUCGCGUGUGGCGCUGCUGGCGGCUGCGCUGCUUCCUUUGCGGGCGUCGCGUGCGGCGCUGCUGGCGGCUGCGCUGCUUCCUUUGCGGGCGGCGCGAAUGGCGGCGCGGCCGGCGGUACCGCUCGCGUCGGGGCGAGAACUCGCGGCCGAGGAGGAAGCCGAGCGGCAGCGCAAACGGGCGCGCGAGGAGGAGGCGUGGCGCGCGCAGCGUGAGCGCAUCGCCAAGAAGACGGUGGCGCUGCAGGGGCACGACGAGGCAUGGGCGCGCGCGAGGGUGGCCCACGUCGGGCGCGCGCACUUGGUGGCUCGCGCGCUCGACGCGCACAUCGAGCGGCACUGGCGGCCGAGCGGCGGCGCGUUUGCCUACUACGAGUCGUGCAACAUCGUCGACGAGCUCGACGCUGGCGUCGGGUGCAAGUGCGAGUCCUUCCUGACAAAGUUCGGCGUCUGCUCCUCCUUCUUCUGGGUGGUCGUGACGUGCACCUGCCUCGGCUUUGCCAUGUCCUUCACGCCGCUGCGCGACCUCGAGGGCGCCGGCGCGAGCAAGAUUGCCUCGACGUUCAUCUACUUUAUGGUCGCCACCAUCGGCCUCAAGAUGGACUUCUCCGCCAUCGCCGAGGACCCGCUCUUCCUCCUCCUCGGCAUGAUCUGGGUCAGCUUCCACGCGCUCGUGAUGAUGAUCGUCGCGUACUGCAUCAAGGCGCCCAUCUUCUUCAUGUGCGUCGGCAGCCAGGCCAACAUGGGCGCCGCCGCGUCGGCGCCCGUCAUCGCCGCCGCCUUCCACCCGGCCCUCGCACCCGUCGGCGUGCUGCUUGCGGUGAGACGCAGCCGAGACCUAGCCACGAUGGUGCUCCUCACCGUGCUGAGCGCUUGA